AGGACCCCGGCAACAAUGCCUCUGUUGAAACUUGCAGCUGAAGAAAAACAAAUUGAUGAUGCAUUACGUAGCUUUGCUGAAAAAGUAUUCGCCUCUGAAGUCAAAGAUGAGGGAGGCCGUCAUGAGAUUUCUCCCUUUGAUGUGGAUGAAAUCUGCCCAAUUUCUCAUCAGGAGAUGCAAGCACACAUAUUCCACCUGGAGGCCAUGGCCACCUCUGUAGAAGGCAGGAGAAAAAAACGUUUCCAUGGACGGAAGACAGUUAAUUUGUCCAUUCCCCAAUGUGAAACAUCGUCCACCAAACUGUCCCACAUCGACGAAUACAUUUCUUCAUCUCCAACCUACCAGACGGUGCCUGAUUUCCAGAGAGUGCAGAUCACCGGCGAUUAUGCCUCAGGGGUUACAGUUGAAGACUUCGAAAUGGUUUGCAAAGGUCUAUACAGGGCAUUGUGUAUACGGGAGAAGUAUAUGCAGAAGUCAUUUCAGAGGUUCCCUAAAACCCCUUCCAAGUACCUGAGGAACAUUGAGGGUGAGGCUUGGGUAGCAAAUGAGAGCUUCUACCCGGUCUUUACCCCUCCUGUGAAGAAAGGAGAAGACCCCUUCCGAACAGAUGACCUCCCGAAAAACCUUGGUUAUCACCUCAAAAUGAAGGAUGGCAUAGUUUACGUCUAUCCUGAUGAGGUGGCCGCCAGCAAAGAUGAGCCCAAGCCACUUCCUUAUCUAAAUAUGGACAGCUUCUUGGAUGAUAUGAAUUUUUUACUUGCUUUAAUUGCCCAAGGACCUGUUAAGACCUAUACCCAUCGACGCCUGAAGUUCCUCUCCUCCAAGUUCCAGGUGCAUGAGAUGCUCAACGAGAUGGAUGAGUUAAAGGAGCUGAAGAACAACCCCCACCGAGAUUUUUAUAAUUGCAGGAAGGUGGACACCCACAUCCAUGCGGCUGCUUGCAUGAAUCAGAAACAUCUGCUCCGCUUUAUUAAGAAAUCUUACCAGACUGAUGCUGACAGAGUGGUCCAUAGCGCCAAGGAGAAAAAUCUGACCCUAAAGGAACUUUUUGCCAAAUUAAAAAUGCAUCCCUAUGACCUGACUGUUGAUUCUCUGGAUGUUCACGCUGGACGCCAGACCUUCCAGCGUUUUGAUAAGUUCAAUGACAAAUACAAUCCUGUAGGAGCAAGUGAGCUUCGAGACCUCUACCUAAAGACAGACAAUUAUAUUGAUGGAGAAUAUUUUGCUACUAUCAUCAAGGAGGUAGGCGCGGACCUGGUGGAGGCCAAGUACCAGCACGCUGAACCUCGCCUGUCAAUCUAUGGCCGCAGCCUUGAUGAGUGGAGCAAACUGUCCAGCUGGUUCGUCCGUAACCGCAUCUACUGCCCCAACAUGACGUGGAUGAUCCAGGUCCCAAGGAUCUAUGAUGUGUUUCGAUCUAAGAAUUUCCUUCCACACUUCGGAAAGAUGCUGGAGAAUGUUUUCAUGCCAGUGUUUGAGGCCACCAUCAACCCCCAGGCUCACCCAGACCUCAGUGUCUUCCUCAAGCAUAUUACUGGUUUCGACAGUGUGGACGAUGAGUCCAAACACAGUGGCCACAUGUUCUCUUCCAAGAGCCCCAAGCCCCAGGAGUGGACAAUGGAAAAGAAUCCCUCUUACACCUACUAUGCCUACUACAUGUAUGCGAACAUCGCGGUGCUCAACAGUCUGAGAAAGGAACGAGGCAUGAAUACGUUCCUGUUCCGACCUCACUGCGGGGAGGCUGGGGCUCUCACCCAUCUCAUGACAGCAUUCAUGACAGCAGAUAAUAUCUCCCAUGGCCUGAAUUUAAAAAAGACUCCUGUGUUACAGUACUUGUUUUUCUUAGCCCAGAUUCCCAUCGCUAUGUCGCCAUUAAGUAACAACAGCUUAUUUCUAGAAUAUGCCAAAAAUCCUUUUUUAGAUUUCCUCCAGAAGGGACUAAUGGUCUCGCUGUCGACAGAUGACCCAAUGCAAUUCCACUUCACCAAGGAGCCCCUAAUGGAAGAAUAUGCCAUUGCUGCACAAGUGUUCAAGCUGAGUACCUGUGAUAUGUGUGAAGUGGCAAGAAACAGUGUUCUGCAAUGUGGAAUUUCUCAUGAGGAUAAAGCAAGGUUUCUGGGCAACAAUUACCUUGAGGAUGGUCCUAUUGGAAAUGACAUCCGGAGGACAAAUGUUGCCCAAAUCCGCAUGGCCUAUCGCUAUGAAACCUGGUGUUAUGAACUCAAUUUAAUUGCUGAAGGCCUUAAAUCAGGAGACUAAA